UUUUGUGUGUAUGUUUAGUCGUCUGUGGACCGAGCUGCACUUAUUGAAAUGCUGAAUCUGCUCGUUUCCCUGAAACCUCCAAGUGAUGAACUGAUAAAAACGCUUCUAGUUCUUCUGGCCCAAAAGAAUCUGGGCCUCCGAGAGACUUUAUUGCGCUUGCUGGGAGAAUUUGGUGUUGCUGAGGCUGAAGAGUGGCUGUGGCCUGAGUUGGAGAGCUGGGAAGACGAGCAGCAGGACCAGCCCGACCAGCCCGACACCUGGACCAGCCUUCAGUGCCGUGCAGAUCGCUGGUUGGAGUUAUGGAUCUCCAAAUACAAAGAACAUAAUCGGUAUCUGUACCUAAGAAGUACGGCAAAGUGGAAGCCUUUGACCGCCAACACGGUGGACGUGCUGAAUUAUUUCUGCUCUGUGCAAAAAGAGCAGUACAAUCAGGCCAGAUCUGUUGCACCUGCCGGUCAGAACAACACCGUGCUCAUGCCUCUGCACGACUGUAGUUAUAAACCAAUCCUUCGCCUUGGAGAGACGUACACCAUGGCCAGAACACGCAAGCCUGGCUUAAUUCUUCCUCCUCUGCGAAGUCGUCCAUUCCUCACGCGCUUCCCGCGCUUCAUCUCGUUCCCUUUGUCUUAUAUCACUCUGAGCCCAUUUCACAACUACUCGGACGAGGACUGGCUGAAGGCCUCCGCUCAGCGCCGCUUCAACCAUCAGGAGUCGCUGGUGGAGUACUACAGAUAA